CAAAAUGCGUCUCCUCCACCUGCUCCCCCUCACCACCCUCUCCCUCGCCCUCCCAACAAUCACCGACAAAACAAUCUUCACCCCUCCAUCCAACUACACCAUCCCUCGCACUUUAUACGCACGCAACCUCCAACUCCCCAACGGCGACCUCCUCAUCACAUGGGAGAACUAUUCCCCCGAACCACCAGCCGUCUACUUCCCCAUCCACCGCUCCACAGACCACGGCGCGACAUGGACUGAAAUCUCCCAAGUCCACGACACAGCCAAUGGGUUGGGACUGCGCUACCAGCCGUUCCUGUACUAUCUCACCGAGAAGAUCGGGGAUUUUUCAGCCGGGACGGUGUUGUUGGCGGGGAGUAGUAUCCCGACUGACUUGUCUUCGACGCAGAUUGAUCUGUAUGCGUCUGGAGAUGAGGGCGUGAGUUGGGAGUUUGUGAGCCAUAUUGCGGCCGGGGGGAGGGCGGAACCGACGAAUGGGUUGACGCCGGUUUGGGAGCCGUUUUUGAUGGAGUAUGAGGGCAAGUUGAUUUGCUAUUAUUCAGAUCAGAGGGAUAAUGAAACUCACGGACAGACGAUGGUGCAUCGGACUUCGACGGAUUUGAAGAAUUGGGGGCCUGUUGUUGAUGAUAUUGUCUACCCCACAUAUACAGAUCGACCUGGCAUGCCCACCGUGGCCAAGCUCCCGGAUAACACCUACAUCAUGACCUACGAAUACGGCUCCUACUUCAACACAUCCACCUACUCCUUUCCGCUGUACUAUCGCAUCUCUGCAGACCCCGAAGACUUUAACUCCGCGCCACACCAGCGUCUCAUCGUUUCGAGUGGUGUAACGCCUACUUCAUCACCGUAUGUGACAUGGUCACCAUAUGGAGGCGUGAACGGGACAAUCAUCGUGGGCAGCGGAACGCAGAGCUCAGUAUUUGUGAACCAUGCCUUAGGACAGGGCGAGUGGACGGAGAUUGCAACACCAGAAGGGACGAGCUACACGCGGGCACUGAGAGUGUUGCAGGAAGACGAUGGGAGGAUGUUAUUGCUGAAUGGGGCUGGGGUGUUGCAGGGGACGAAUAACCGCGUGACUGUUAGUUUGAUGGAUUUGGCGAGUGUUUUAUAGGUGAUUCCAUUGAUAUGCACUGUGUAUCCCAUGCAUCCACCAGAACUGCCUUCUUGUACGGUGUAGAUAUGUGUUUCAAUGUCAUUUGUAAGGCAGUGAGUAAAGUUCCGGUGUAGCUCAAAGGAGGAUUCAGCAAAUAGUCAGCAGCAGAUCUUCAAUACAGUGGAAGCCAGGGAUGAGCCGCAUGAACAGUACUGGCUAUCUGGAUUUGAACAAAGCAACAACAAUGAAGUGGUAGUGCUAUAAUAAUACCACUGUGGAAAAUGUCUGCCUGCGUCUUGCUGGUCGAUGGCCGACAAUGCUGGCCGGGCCCUACUAUCCUCCUGUCCUUGAUGUCUAUCCAAUAUGUAUGUUCUGACCACGUCGAAC